UGGAGAUUUUGACACCACUGACAGAUAGAGAAACACAUGCGCACACACACACACACACACUCUCACUCUCACUCUGCUAGACAGAUAGUCGCGCUCACACACACUUGAGCGUUCAGAAAGAAAAGCUGAAAGAAGGAACGGGCAUGAAGAGCACGCCGUACAUGGCAGAGAUUUAUUCCAGCGGGCAGCUUCACCACUUCAUUGAUGGAUACGACGUGCAGCGCAGCAACUGGAUGCGUUUCGUAAACCCAGCACGUUCCCCGGCCGAGCAGAACCUGGUGGCCUGUCAGAACGGACACGAUGUCUUCUUCUACACCAUCAGGCCUGUGGAGCCUCAGCACGAGCUGCUGGUGUGGUACAGCCAGGAGUUCACCAAGAGGCUGUGUGGACUCACCGACAAGCAAACAGACGGCGUGAAGACCAAGCACUUUGGUGGUGAUGUGAUUGAAGCUGACCUCCAGAAGCACUGCCUACCUCAGUGGACCUGCCAUCCCAAGCAGGCGUCGCACCAUUACAGCCUACACAGUCAGGAGGAGGUCACAAAGGAAGGAAAGGACAAGGCUGAGGAGGUUGAGGAGGCUGAGGAGAAGAUUGAUGUGGAAGCCAUUGAGCAGGACACACCACCCAGCACUCCAGAUCGGCACUUGAGCGUUCCUCAGGACAGUGCACACAAAUCACAUCCUCAGCUCGUUUCCCAGUCAUGCCCCGAGCGGGACCUUCCGCUGUAUCCCCAGAGCUAUUACGGCCCCAGGGAAGACUUGACACGAUACCCUGCUCUGACGCACACCUACCCUUUUUUGUCUCCUUUUGACACUCAUUAUCCCCUUCUUCUAAGCCCAUAUACUACACCUUCCAUUGCGUCUAUGCCACCUCCCAGAGGAUCAUUCCCCUACAGCAAUAUGCUGGCAAGAGAAGCCUUGCCCUUUUCAGCCAUGACUCAGCCAGGCCUGCUUUCUGUUAACCAUCCUUCUCCUGCCCUACAUCCUCAUACCAGUCUGGAAGGGCAGCCCACACACACGUCACCUCCCCAGGGUGCCCCAGCAACCCCUGAACUCUCCCCCAUCAUCAAGCACUACCCGGGGUCUGAGCAUCUGUGCGAGGAGGCGAUCAACCUCAGUCUGGCUGCUACACCAAAGUCCAGAUCUCUUACACCAUCAUCAUCUUCGAUGUCACCGCAGAGUCAAGGGUACAAGUCUCUGCCGUACCCACUAAAGAAACAGAACGGAAAGAUCAAGUACGAGUGCAACGUCUGCUUCAAGACCUUCGGCCAGCUGUCCAACUUAAAGGUGCACUUGAGGGUGCACAAUGGAGAGAGGCCAUUUCAGUGUCCACUGUGCAAGAAGUGCUUCACCCAGCUGGCACACCUACAGAAACACCAUCUCGUCCACACCGGAGAGAAACCUCAUGAGUGCCAGGUGUGCCAGAAGCGCUUUAGCAGCACCAGCAACCUGAAGACGCACCUGCGCUUGCACUCGGGAGAGAAGCCCUACCAGUGCAAAGUGUGUAGCACCAAGUUCACGCAGUACAUCCACCUGAAGCUGCACCGCCGCAUGCACAGCUCGAGCGAGCGACCGCACUGCUGCCCGUUGUGUCACCGUGGCUUCCUCCAUCACUUUUCCCUCAGGCUGCACCGUCACUCGGGGUGUUGCGCCACCAAUUCCCGGCCUGAAAGUAGCGAGCUGAAGUACGCCGCCGAGAUCCUUGAGAGGUUCGAUGUCAGCGCCGAGGCUGAAGCUCUGCCAGAGAAUUCGUCGGAGAGUGAAGUCGAUGCUGCUCUGGAGAAGUGGCUGGAGCUGGAAGAUCGACCCAAACCCAGCCACUUCAAAACAUCGGACUCGGUCCUGCCGAAGACCCCAGGACCGGGAAAAUGGCAGGAGAGGGCCAGCGUGGUGUGCUUCGGGGGUGAAGCCAGAGUACAAUGAGGAAGAAAAGCGAGCGUGCAUAAUAGUCUCUACCAAAAAUAUAAAUUAAAAAAUCCUGAGAGGGCGAGACAAAACCAAAUCCAAGCAGCACCAAAUACAUUAACAGCAUUUCCAAAGACUUAAUAAUUGCACUUAAGCCUUCUGGUCUUCGGCGGAGAGCCGAGGUGAUCGGUUACAUCUUUUUUUAUUUUGUUAUUGUGUUGUUUCGUGUGUUUCUGAGUUCAUUUUAAUUUAUUACUCUCAGUAAUAUUUGUAUUUGGUUUUAGAAAUGUAUAAAAAUGUUGUUUUUCUACAUUGUUGUUGCUAUUGUUUGGAAAAUAAUAUAGAGUUGUUUUUUUGUCAAUCAGGGUAUGGAAUUGUUAACAAAAUAUAUCAGGGGUUUGUAGUGUGAAUGUUUUCCGAGCCGUUUCUCAGCAGCCGUGCUGAAACUCGAGGUAUAAGAAAUUCUGCAAUAGUUAUGCAACGUUUGGUUGGCAAUCGCUUUAGAUCUUACUUUGCUAAAGAGAAGUCAACUAGCAGUUUAUUAUUUAUUCAUUAGAGAAGUCCCAUUUUUGUUGCUGUCUGUCUUACCGAGUAAUUCACCUGUCCAACACUGAACUGAAUCUCCGGUGUAUUUUUUCGAGCACGGAAAAAGGACAGCAGGAAGUGAAGAAGUUGUUAUUAAUCUCAGGACACAUGGGGUGUAAUUUAUUACUGUAUUAAUUUAUUGAACAUUAGCAGUGGAAAAAGCAGGAUCUUGUUCCACGUGCACGGUUUCUGUUAUGUAGCCAUGACAAGAAUUCGUUUACUGAUUUUCGUUGUUUGUUUGUUUUUUUUAUGUAGGAUUUGUGUAUAGUUUUGUUCAGUAAUAUUUUUUUUGAUGUUGAUACUUUAUAUGUCAGAGUUUAUUUUCACUGAACUUUUGUAAUGU